AUGGCUUACGAUGUCCUGGUUGGCUCUUCGUGUGCGGAAGUCGUCGGGUUUAUGACAGAAAAACAGAGGGCGUUCCACACCCACUCCACGACUGGAAAAUACGUCGGGAUAAAGAAGGCCCAACAAGAACGGGACAGGCUGAAGAGAGAAGAGGCGCGAAAGAGGGCCGAAGAGGAGCUGGAAGAGCGGCUGCGUUACGUGAAGUCGCCGCUCCCUCCCAAAACCGACACGGACGAUGACCUACCCGUCCUUAAGGAGGACCUAAUCCAGUGCGAGCAAAUUGUGCGGGCAACUCAGCCAGAGUCGGCCGCCAUUACCCGUCUGGAAGAGGAGAGAAAGAAGUGGCGCGAAAACAGCGCGCGCCUGGAGGAGAGCGUAAAGCGGCUAGAAGAGGAAAACUCCUCCCUCCGCCGUCGGCUCGAGGACCUGGAAGCGUCAAACAACUCCAGGACCACCACGGAGGAAAUGCUGGCCAUGGUAGAAGCGAGGGUCCAGGCCAGACUGGAGUCGGCCCUGAUGGGGGCCAGCCCAGAGGCCCAGCCUGGCCCACGAAAGAAAGGCCGCCUCGGGGACACACAGCUCCCAGUGUCAGGAGGCAUAGUAGGUGGUGCCCCGCGCCGAAGUCGAAGAGGGAAAGGGAAAAGGAACGGGAAGAGGACAGCCCAACCCGCUCCCCCUCACCCCGCCGCAGUAGCAGAAGGAACCAGCGCGCCACCGCAGCCAAUUGCGGGACCCUCAACGGCGCCAGACACCACACCGGCACCCCGCGCCGCUCGCCAGAGAAGGGUCAAACCAAGAAGACGGCACCGGCGCCAAAGGAAGGAGGGAAAAGAAGGGCCCGGUUCAAGCCGGUCCGGAGCCCCGCCCAUUGCCACCGGCCCCCACCUCCAUGGAGACACCGUGGGUCGUUGUGGCAAGCAGAAAGAGCAAGAAGACGAAGCCUGCAGUGCCGCCGAAAAAAGUGCAGGCACAACAACAGGCACGCCGGACCGAACCCAAAGUGCGACCGCCACGCUCCGCGGCAGUUAUCAUUUCGCUUACGCCAGCGGCGGUGGCAAAGGGCUUUCGUACAAGCAGGUGCUAACGGACGCCCAGACAAGGGUAGACCUCACCGGCCUUGACAUAUCGAGGCUGAAGCCAAAGUUUGCGGCCACGGGCGCUAU